GCACGGGCGGCACCACCACCACUGCCGUAGCGUAGCGCUAGACCGCCCGUAGCUGCCUUCUUUAAGUUGUAAGUGCAGAGUUGCAGACGGAUUACUAUAGUAAAGAGAGACCAUUGUCUGUAAUCUUUUACGAUUUGACUGUUAGCUUGUUGUUUUGUAAAAUGCCACGAAAACCGUGUUAUUGGACGCGAAAAUUAGAGCUGGAUCUCGUAGAGUUUGUGCGACAAAGAGACUUCAUUUGGAAGCCAUUUGGAAACACUAACCAUCACAUACAGCAAAAAUACAAGGCCUAUGCUGAAUUUGCUGCGAAACUGGGCGGUGGAUUUACAGCUCGCUCCGUCCGUGAUCGCUGGGUGAACAUUCGAAGUACGUACAACCACAACGUGCGACGUAUCGAGCGCUCCAGGGAGACUGCCAAGUCUCUUGAAGAGGUAUAUGUGCCAUGCUGGCCGCUAUGGAAACCACUGCAGUUUCUCCGGGAAAGUUCUAGAAAAGAUGAUGUCUAUGAGGGCUAUGCAAUGGACUUCAAAGAGACUGACAAUGUGGAAGUUAAAGUUGAAUUUGAAGACACGGAUGACCCAGAACUUCUACAAAUCCGACAGCGAGGCCAGAGAACUGACCGACCUAGACGCAGAGCUCCCAUAUCUAAAAAGAAAAAAAAUACCAAGUGUAAAAAAGUCCUGGACGAUCUCCUUAUUGCUAUGAAGCCGUUAGUGUCCAAUAUUCCUUCAGACACCAAUAAUUAUUGGUUCUUUAGUCGUCAUGUCACUGAGCGAUUGAACUGUAUGAGGGAUGAGGAUGCCCUGGCUGCAGGCCAGGAGAUCAUGAAGCUUUUGGAGUGGCCUGGUACUGACAUUACUUGAAGACAUCUUGGCUGAGUGGGCUUCUAAACCUCUGGAAAACUCAUAAAUUCUUCAGCAAUUACUUUUUGAAAUGAUGAACACAAUAUUUUGAUGGAAGAUUGACUAAUUCUGAGUAAAUCCUCAAAAUGGUACCAAAAUAUAUAAAUCUGUUGUCAGCCUACCAGUUAGUCCAGUUAGAAGUCUGUUUGUCAUUUGCUUGUGGCCAUAAUUACCCCUUUCUAACUCCUUUGUAUCCCAUUCCUCAGGUUGUAUUAGGAGCCUGUCAGUUGUUGUCCGGCAAAAUAAAAAAACUUGUCUUCGGUUUUCUGAAUAACACAUUAUCUCAAUUGUUUCAAUAUCUGUUUUGGUACAAAAAAAAUGUCAGAUUAAAAAAAAUCUUGAAAGUUCGACAGAUGUUCUGCCAAAAAAGAUUGCUGUUAAUAAAUAAUUUAAAGAUAAAAUUAAAAAUUGCCUACAUUUUUGAAAUUCGUUCAUUAGCUAUAUUGGCGGUGGAUGUUCGUUUUCGUUUGUCACGUUAUCAUAAUUGAGUUUUUUGGGAAGUUUGUAAGUUACUUGUGACCAUAAUUACCCUUUCUAACGCCUUUUUUAUUUCCUGAGGUUGUAUUUGACGUCUGUCUUCACAAUACAAAUUUUGUUCACUAAAACAAAGCUCAUCUUUUUGGUUUUCUGGAUUGCAUACCAUACUCUGAAUUAGGUAUUCAAAAAUUAUAUAUUUUGUUAAAAUACUGUUUUAGUCAUUCAAAUUGACAAAUCCUAAAUCCAAAGUAAACAGUUAAAAAUUAUGUAACCUAUGCUCUGCCAAAAAUGGUUGUUAAAAAAAGAUUUUAAGGUAAAACUAAAAUUAUAAUAUUAAAAUGGCCUACAUUUUUAAAAUUCGUUUAGUAGGUAUUGGUGGCGUUUGUUCGUAUUCUUUUGCGAUGUUGUUAUCAUCAUUAUAAUUAAGGGUUACUAGGGGAGGAAAGGAAUUGUAAUAUAACUACAAUGAAACUACAAUUUGCUUGUUUUGAAAUGACAUUUGAUGAGAAGAAACGUUGCAAGAAACUCAAUUUUUUUAUUUAACAUGAUUGUUUUUGGACUAAAUAGGUAGUCGUUGCCUGUUUAAAUUCAGAUUAGGCCUGUAAUUAGGUGAACAGGUUACCUUCUUGACAAAACCGUCCUUUACUGCAAUCUCUCCUGCUUCCCCGUCACUGGGUAAUCGACAAUCAUUUUUGCUAAUGAAAACUAUAUACAUAGUUAUAUCAUUCCGUCUGCUCGUAUUGCGAUAAACAUGGCAGCUUGUGCUAAAUUAAAUGGUGUUGUACGGGGUGCCCCUCGUACAGUCUUGAAAUGAUAGUAAUUGAUAAUGCUAUUGAUAAUCCGGAAUAACUAUUUAUUGAUAAUGAUAUAGUUUAAUGGGUACACUCCGCGGCGGUCGGGCAUGUACUGUCUUACAAUAGGUAUAUUUAGCUGACGCGCGAAAUGAAAAUGUUGAUCAUUGUACGGACCGUACCUACAGGUGUAUUAUUCCGUCACAUCCCAUUGCAAAUAUAGUAGCUGUCGCAGAAUAGCUACGUCUGCAUCUUUUGUGUCUACCAGAAUUUCAUAAAUACAACCUGCCCUUCCUUGUGUAAGGUGAGGAUUCGGAGUUGAGUAGAAACGAGUGUUCAGCUUAAACGAUGCCGUAAAACUGUACAACUUUGCCCGCUUUUUGCAGUCUUACUUUUUUUUUUCAAGUUUGUUGGUCCAUAUUGCAUUACUUAUCUGUGGCAAUAACAUAUUGACAUACUCUUCUUUGUGUGAGUGAGCAAACCAUAGUCGAAAUAAGUUUCUGUACUGUAGAAAAUGGGUCUUAAACGGGCGGGCCAAAAAAAUGAAAAAAUUUCAAGAUUGCCCACUUUUGCUUAUAGUCUCUUAACUCCACGAUUAUCAACUUUAUGGUCAUGAAUCAAAGUCUAUAAUCCAGAAUAAACAUGGCAUAGUUUUGUCGUAUAGCCUCGUGGCGCCACAGCUUUUUUGGCUCCUCUUUAACUAUGACCCGACCGUCCUUCUUAUAGGACAUAAUACCUAUAGUUAUAGUCAUAUCCGCCCAAGAUUUCGAGUUGACAUUUUUAUGUGUUAGAGUUACCGGUUUGAAGGGAACCUUUCAGGGUAUAAUUAUGAUUAUAUUAGCAUGUAUUUUUAAAUUCAAUUAUUUGUCUAUCUUUUGUUCUUUACAAAGGCCACUGGGCCACAAUGACUAGAUUAAAAGGAAUUAUUAAGUGAUGUAAAAUUAAUUACUUUUUUAGGAUUAAUAUGUUUAUUUCAGUUCUUUUUCAAUUAAAUGACUUACUUACUUCUAUUACAGUUUUUCUUAAAUCAGUCUCCUACUACAAGGCUUAAGUUGUACUCAUUAACUUCUUAUAAUAACAAAAUAAUUUCUUUCUUAAUAUUCUAAACAAACUCCUUUAAUCAUUAAGAGUCUGGAAUCAAAAUACCCGUGGUAAUUAACAAUUAUAAUAAAGGUAACAUUAGAAAAUAUCUAAAACAAAUAUCAAAAUACCAGUCUCAAAUUUAACUCUUAACGAAGUAUCAGUACUUUUCCUUACAUUCUAUCAUAGCAAUCUUGCAACCUGUUUGUAGUUUAGGAGUGAAAAUCCUUGAAACAGUUUCUGUUUCUUGUAAAGCAUAAAUAUAUAUUGCACUUAGUGCACAUGACAUUAGUCUUCAUCUUAUGGCAUCGUCUGCACCGUUUUUGAGCAUCUGCCAUUUCCGGUAGGUGCCUGGCACCUUUUCGUCUCAUUCUUUCAGACGGGACUUGGACUAACGUGGGACGUCCUCUACCUCUUGUCUGUUCUUGAUUUGCAUCUUCUUCGGAGUAUCCAUCGGUUUCUAUAUCUGUAACUGUAUAUCCUUCGAUCAAACUUUCGCCGACAUCCAAUUUGAAAUCACGCAGUUGAAGAAUUUGUCUGGUAAUUUGAUAGAGCGAGAUUAAUCAUAUGGCUAAAAACGCGCUGUGUCCAUUUAGCCGUUCUAUAACGAUUUGGGACAGACUGAUAAUAAUCUCAUUAUUAUUUAUCUCCACGGGACUUAAUCGCGUAAAAUAGUUUUAAAUUUACCUCCGACGUUUCGAAGACGGCGUUGUCCCCGUGGUCUCGGAGAAGACUGGCUAAAGUUGACAUCAACAUCUUAUAGGCGCGCGAGUUUUUCGAACUACCCGCACUGGUCUUGUUUAUUAACUUGAACGUUAAAUACGUGGAGAUAAAUAAUAAUGAGUAAAAAUCGUGAAAGUUUAAAUCAGUGUGAUAAUAAUCUGUCAGCCAGAUCUACCCCGCCCAUGUUAUCGUUGUAAGCUUUGACGACAAUAGGUCUUUGCACUUCCACGUAGGUUUUUUGAGUCUUGCACCAUCUUCUGCACGUGUCCAUGGGUUCGGCUGCGUGAAUCGUUGACAACAAGGUUACUCCUUUGUUGUCAUACCAUUUCGUCAAAGCCAAAUCACGUUUUCUAUUGACCAAUACCUGCGUUGUUCCUCUUCCUUCCUUCUUCAUUUGUCUGUCUUCCUUUAGCUUAUUUCUUGCAUCUAACGGAAUCCUGUUUUUCAUAAUUGUGCCAGCGCACAACAGAUUCUUCGACAAAAGUUCUUCUGUAAGCUUUACGGUAGUAAAGUACCGGUCAAAAUAAAGUAUAUGACCAGGAGCCAGAUUUUCGGCCAAAUCGAGCACAGCUUUCAUACCAAGUCCAAAAUCAGUAUCGGCAUAUUUAGGAUAUGUCGUUUGUCCCUGAUAAAUUUCAAAAUUACAAACGAUCCCAUUAGGGUUUGCGAGUACAAACACUUUCAGGCCUGUUGGAUUAGGCUUGCCCGGUACGUACUGCUUGAUGCCGCACUCCCCUGUGAAGGGUACAAAAAUAGCAAAUGUUUUUUGUUGCAAUUAAUAGAAAAGGAUAUAGUUCGGUAUUAAAAAAAAAGUUUAUGCCUAUUUUAUGUACGUGCCAGUUUUUAGAGAUCCCUAAAGUUGUCUAUUUUCUUUCCGAUACGGUACUUAGUUGUAAGUAGAGUCUGUUUUAUUAGUUAUACAAAUCUACGUCAAUUACAUUUUAAAAUGAAUUUACCAUUACUAAAAGAAUUAAUCCUUAAACAAACAAAAACAUUUUAUAUAAUUAAAAAUCGGUCGCAGUCGAUUAAAAGAUUAGCCCUAUAUCGACAAGUACAAACGAUAUAGGUUACCCCAUCACUACGUUCUCUAGUCAGACGUAAAAACGAGACGUAGAAAACCCAUUUAUUGAAUUAAUAAAUUCUUAAAAACGACACAACACAAAAACAGA